CGUACCCUUCUCCCCUCCCAGUUAACUGUAAUUCCGACGAGAUUUCUGGAUUGCAAGAUUGCACGCAUCGGAGCUUCAAACGACGUCGAGAAUCUUCUGUCCAGGCUUGCGAUAUAUGUAUUAGCUGAAGGGGUUUUCAAACGCCGAUUUAGAAAUCUGAACAUUGUGAACUCGAUCACUGUAAACGGCAUACGUGAAGGGGUUUUCAUCAAUUUCGAACCUUGAGCGACGAUUUGUGUUCAGAAUAGUUAACGAAUAAGGAAAUGACUACUACUACCACCAGAACAGGCGUUCCAAAUUCAGAAGCUGUUUCUAGAGGCUACAACUUCGCCUCUACGUGGGAACAGAAUGCUCCCUUGACUGAGCAGCAACAUGCGGCAAUAAUAGCACUCUCUCAUGCAGUUGUGGAUCGACCAUUUCCUUCCAAAUUGUCACAGGAAAAUAUAUCCAGAGAGAAUAAUGGUUUAUCUGUUUCAACAAAGCAUGGCACUGUGGAAGAAUCUGGUGAAAUAGAUGGUGUUUUGGUCAAUACAAACCAGUUUUACAAGUGGUUUACAGAUCUUGAAGCAGCAAUGAAAUCAGAGACAGAAGAGAAGUAUCAACAAUAUGUUAGCACCUUAACUGAAAGGAUACAGACAUGUGAUAGUAUUCUUCAGCAGGUGGAUGAAACCCUUGAUUUGUUCAAUGAAUUACAAAUGCAACAUCAAGUAGUUGCAACAAAGACCAAAACUCUUCAUGAUGCAUGUGACCGAAUGGUAAUAGAGAAACAACGAUUGAUCGAGUUUGCAGAAUCCCUUCGCAAUAAACUCAAUUAUUUUGAUGAACUAGAGAAUGUUGCUACCAGCUUUUAUUCUUCAAAUACAAAUGUUGCAAGUGAAAACUUUCUUCCACAACUUAAAAAACUCGAUGAUUGCAUCACGUAUGUUGAAAAUAAUCCUCAGUAUGCUGAAUCCAAUGUUUAUCUGGUCAAAUUUCGUCAACUUCAAUCUCGAGCCUUGGGGAUGAUACGUGCUCAUGUUCUUUCUGUUCUCAAAAGUAGUACUUCUCAGGUUCAAACAGCACUCAAGGGUAGUGGUGGAAAUAAAGCAACUGUUUCUGAGGGUGUUGAGGCAUCUAUCAUAUAUGUCCGCUUCAAGGCAGCUGCAAGUGAGCUUAAACCAGUACUUGAAGAAAUCGAAAGAAGAUCUUCAAGGAAAGAGUAUGUUCAAAUUCUUUCAGAAUGUCACAGAAUAUACUGUGAACAACGCCUAUCUUUGGUAAAAGGCAUAGUAUCUCAAAGGAUUUCAGAAUAUUCCAAAAAGGAGACUUUACCUUCUUUAACCAGAUCCGGAUGUGCAUACUUGAUGCAGGUUUGCCAGCUGGAGCACCAACUGUUUGACCAUUUCUUCCCAUCAACUUCAGAAGAUAUAACAAGUCUGGCUCCUUUGGUAGAUCCACUAUGUACUUUCUUGUAUGAUACACUGAGACCAAAGUUAAUCCAUGAAACAAAUCUUGAUGUUCUUUGUGAACUUGUGGAUAUUCUCAAAAUAGAAGUUAUAGGAGAACAACUGAGCAGAAGAAGUGAAUCUUUGGCUGGAAUUCGGCCCACAUUAGACAGAAUUUUAGCAGAUAUUCAUGAAAGGUUAACCUUCCGUGCUCGAACACAUAUUCGUGAUGAGAUAGCAAAUUAUCUCCCUUUGGAUGAAGAUCUGGAUUACCCUGGAAAGCUGGAACAAUCGCCUGAGAUCAAAUCAGAUCCCACUUCUAUUGAACUGAGUUCAGAUGUUGUCAAGACUUGGUACCCUCCACUGGAAAAAACCGUAUCCUGUCUUUCAAAACUAUAUAACUGUCUGGAGCAAGCAGUUUUUACUGGCCUUGCACAGGAAGCUGUUGAGGUUUGCUCUUUAUCCAUCCAAAAAGCAAGCAAACUUGUUGCAAAAAGAUCAUCACAAAUGGAUGGACAACUUUUUCUCAUCAAGCAUCUUCUUAUAUUAAGAGAACAGAUUGCACCUUUUGACAUAGAAUUCUCAGUCACACACAAGGAACUGGAUUUCUCCCAUUUGUUGGAGCAUCUGAGACGAAUCCUUAGAGGUCAAACCUCGUUAUUUGAUUGGUCAAGGUCAACUUCUUUGGCAAGGACACUGUCGCCUCGAGUUUUGGAAAGUCAAAUUGAUGCAAAGAAGGAACUUGAGAAAAACCUGAAAGCCACAUGUGAAGAGUUUAUCAUGUCAGUCACUAAGCUAGUAGUAGACCCCAUGCUAUCCUUUGUUACAAAGGUGACAGCUGUCAGGGUGGCAUUGUCAUCAGGUGGUCAAAAUCAAAAGUUAGAGUCAGCUAUGGGAAAAUCACUCAAGGAGCAUGCGUUUGCUUCACCAGAUAAGGUUGCUGAAAUCGUGCAGAAGGUGAAUGCAGGCAUGCAGGAUGAGCUGCCAAGAGUGAUGGAGAAAAUGAAGCUUUAUCUACAAAAUCCAUCGACACGUACAAUACUUUUUAAACCAAUCAAGACGAAUAUCAUAGAAGCUCAUGAACAAGUAGAAUCAUUGCUGAAAAAGGAGUACUCUCAGGAGGAAAUUGAUAACAUAAAGAUGGUGUCCAUUCAGGAACUUCAAGCACAGCUUGACAAUCUUAUAUAGAGUUUGACAAUUCCAAAUGUUUUGUAGAGAUACCAAAAAGAUCAAGGCAUUGAACCAACCUCUAUUUAAGUCCAAAUUGAUGAUAAUUGACGGGUCAUUAUUGCUAAAGAAAUGGUUUUGUAUAUUUCAAACAACACCGAUAUAAGUGGAUGUUCUAUCUUUCGUCUUCAUACACUUUCUUCCAGCGAUUAUUCCACUAAGUCAAUAGGAUCCUAUCAACCUACUUCUCAUACAGAAGAGUUGUCUACACGUCUUGAUGAACCGUCCAUUGUAUGGUCUAAAAAACUAUUUAAUUAAUUUCAUAAUCAUUUUCCAAAAUAUUUAAACAUCAA